AGGCGAUUGUGAACAAGCGACUUGCGGCAAGCGCUUCUGUUGUAGCAGAACUGUCAAAAUGUUUCGAUAAUGUGGUGUGUAUGCUUUGUUAUAUAAGUUGUAUGAAUGGUGUUGUUUGUUAGCGGCACUUCCGUAAGACUCCCAACGUUUACGCAAUGAUGUCCAGUAUACAAUACCAUGCCUUUGUGCUAACUAGUGAACACGUGAACUGGAAUGCAUUCCUUUAUUGAAGAAUCCUUAUUGGCACUCAGAUUUUAGAGGUAAUGAAAAUUAAAGUGCGUCAACAACAACAGUCAUGUCUCUUCGCUACAACUCAUUCAUUGUGGGCGUGCUGGUGGCGUCGGUAACAUGGGCGGUCAGUUUGUUUCUUUACUGGAGAAUUGCUGGCAUAGGGUUGCAAGUUGAAUCUCCAUCAAGUCGUAUGCCAGUUGAUCCAGACAGCAAGAGUCAUGAUGCAGGGAGUUACAAAAAUAGUGACAAGCUCUUGUCUUAUCUUCAGCAGAAGGCAUUCAAACCAUUAUCAGUGUUGGACCAGUUGGGCAUGGUACGGUCAGUUGCAGAAAGACAAGCCAGGGAUGAGGGUUACAGGAAGCAUGCCUUCAACACACUUGUUAGUGAAAGAAUUGGCCCACUUCGGAAAAUCCCAGAUACUAGGCAUCCUCUGUGUGCAAGAGAAACAUUUGACACAAAAGAUCUGACUGCCAGUGUAGUGAUUUGCUUCUACAAUGAACAUCCCGCAACACUAUAUCGAACUGUUCAUUCUGUCCUGAACCGUUCAUCAUCAGACACACUGUUUGAGGUAGUUCUGGUUGAUGACUGCAGUGAUCAGGAUGGCUUGCAUGAUGAAGUGAGGAAGUAUGUUUCUUCACAUUUCCCUGCUAAUGUGAUGCUAUUGAGGACACCAAGAAGAGAGGGACUUAUCCGAGCUAGAAUGUUUGGAGCAUCAGCCAGCAAGGGCAAGGUGCUGGUGUUCUUGGACAGCCAUGUGGAAGUGAAUGAAGGCUGGUUGUCUCCAUUACUGACAACAAUCGCAGACUCACCAACUGCUAUUGCAGUUCCAAUAAUUGACAUUAUUGGUGCCGACACAUUUGAAUACAAAUCCUCACCUCUAGUCCGCGGUGGUUUCAACUGGGGACUACACUUCAAGUGGGAUAACUUGCCUCCCGGAACACUCACAGAACCAAUGGACUUCAUUAAACCAAUAAAGUCUCCAACAAUGGCAGGAGGGCUGUUUGCUAUACAGAAAGACUACUUCCAUGAACUUGGAGAAUAUGAUUCUGGGAUGAAUAUUUGGGGUGGUGAAAACUUGGAAAUAUCUUUUAGAGUGUGGAUGUGUGGUGGUUCAUUAUGGAUUGUGCCAUGCUCACGUGUCGGCCACGUGUUCAGAAAACGGAGGCCCUAUGGUUCGCCUACUGGUGAAGAUACGAUGACUAGGAAUUCUCUUAGAGUUGCUCAUGUUUGGAUGGAUGAAUAUAAGGAUUAUUUCUUGAAAGUCCGACCAGAUGCAAGAGAUAUAUCAUUUGGUGAUAUAUCCGAGAGACAGCGAUUAAGACAGCGAUUAGGUUGCAAGAGCUUCAAAUGGUACAUGGAUACUGUGUACCCUGAACUGGGGCUACCAGAGGAUAAUGAUGCAAGACUGAAAGCAAAAUGGGCAAAAGGCAGAGUAAAGCAGCAGCAGCAGCAGCUUGCAAAGUUUCAACCAUGGCACUCACGAGCACGCAAUUAUACAUCUCAGUUUCUGAUGAGGCUGAACAACACUAAUUUAUGUGCAGCUACAACUGCUGAUGAUGUGAAGACACGUGGUGUACCUCUGGUACUGAAGCCAUGCUUACGUGUCAAGGGUCAGAUGUGGUAUGAAACAGACCGUCAAGAGCUGGUCCUUGCGCAGUUACUGUGUCUCACUGCAAAAGAAUCCGUACCGCCCAGGUUAGGGAAGUGCCAUGAGAUGGGCGGGGAUCAAGAAUGGCGCCAUGUGCUUGGCAAUCGUGGCACACCAGUGUAUAACAUGGCUGCAGGAAUGUGUCUAGCAGCAGAAAACAAUUCCUUAGGAUCUUCUGUUGUCAUGAAAUUAUGUUCCGACAGUGAUCCUUUGAUGCGUUGGGAUUUUGUUGAGGAUGUAACGUUGGGAAUGACUUGAAACAACUGGAAGCAACAAAAAGCCUCGAGAUAGUGAUUAUUAAAUCUCACAAAAAAAUACUCAAAUUUUGGAUAUGCAGGCCAAGCACAGUCAGUUGUACCUGCAUAUGUCUUGUUAUUAAUUUAACUUUUUUGUUAUUUGCUUUUGUUGUAAAUGGAAUAAUAUAUUUUUCUAAACAGA